AUGAACAUCCAGGCCCACUCUCCUUCCUUGAACGACCCUAAAAAGCAACAUAUUCUUGACCUAGGUGAUAAAAGCAAAAUCUCCAACAAAACCAUCUGUGACACAGCAGACAAGUACUGGAUGCUGGUGGAUAAGACCAUCACCGCAGUCCCCAAAUCCCCCAACACGAAACUAAGCUCUUUCAAGUUAAUGCCAAACAGACAAUUGUCAAGUGGGGAGAAAAAGUCACCUGUUUACAUAGGAAUCGAGGAUGGAAACCUGUGUUUGUGCUGUGAGGGGUCCGCGGACCAGCCCACGCUGCAGGUGGAGGAAAAAGACAUUCAGGACCUGUAUAAUAACGGGGACAAGACUAUGCGCUUCAGCUUUUAUCAGAACACAAGCGGGUCGAACACGUUCAACUUUGAAUCGGCAGCUCACCCCGGCUGGUUCAUCUGCACCUCCCCUCACCCCCAGGAGCCCGUUGGCCUGACAAACAAACUGGGAGAGACCUUUAUCACGGACUUUCAUUUCUGA